AUGUCUCCUAUAUUUGAGUACGUCGAUCCAUCUAAACUGAUCAAGCAAGGGGCGAUCGUCACAGCUCAUUACAAUACGACUCGCGCGACGCUGGAGCCGCUACUGGCUGAGUAUGGACCAACGCGUAUUAGAGCCAUCCAAGCCAACCUUACCGCUGAAGAAGAAGUCAUACGAAUGUUCAAUGAGCAGACAGAAGGGUUCAGCCCAGUGCAGAUCCUCGUAGUGAACCACGGAUAUUAUCCACCUGUAGAUGCCACCGUAUCGCAGAUGACACUCGAUCAGUGGAACUCGACGUUCGCAUCGAACCUGACUUCAUCUUUCCUCGUUUUGCGUGAGUAUAUGCGCAAGCUGGAGGGUGCGACGGUGCAGCAGAAGGAUAAAGCGUCGAUUGUGUUGAUUGGGAGCACGGCAGGCAAGUACGGUGAGAUCGGCCAUGCAGACUAUUCAGCUGCAAAGAGCGGCAUGAUGUAUGGGCUAGCCAUGACACUCAAGAACGAAAUUGUGAAAAUCGCACCGAAGGGACGCGUAAAUUGUAUUGCACCAGGAUGGGUGAAGACACCCAUGGCUGAGCACGCAUUGAAGCAGCCAGAAAUCAUAUAUCGUGCUCUCGCUACCACACCGUUGAAGAAAGUUGCUACGCCUGAAGAUAUCGCGACUCAGGUUGUCUUCAUAUCAUCUACUGCUGUGUCUGGUCACGUUUCGGGACAAGUGAUCAUGGUAGAGGGUGGAAUGGAGGGCCGCUUAUUGAAUAAGCCGGAGGACAUCACUUACUGA